GUAAUAUUUUGAUCGGGAGGGCGGGGCUGUCAGGCUGCAGGUGGUCGCGAGUCGUGUCGUCGCGUGUCAAGCCCCUCCCUCUCGUGAAUUACGAGGACCGGCGGGUGACGUCAGGGUGGUCGCUCCGCGCAUCAAUCUGGCCGGACGUACCGAGACAGAGACAGAGAGAUCUGAGGCCGCAGCGUGAGACAGAGAUUUGAAGAUGGGAAAAAUCUGCACCACAACAUUGUUGCUGGGGGUUUCUCUUGGUCUGAUCGUCCUCUAUCUCAGCAAAGAUUUGACUGCCAAAAGAGCCAUUUUGAUCCCCAAAACUGUGAGAGAGGGGAGCAGUGAAAUUAAAAGAUCCACCACGAACAUCUCCUACGUAUACUCCUUCCCGAAAUGCCAACAAAACACUUCCGCUGCCAAAGUGGAAAACUUCAGCUCUCUUCCUCUUCAUAUUCAAGACUUUCUCUACCAUAAACACUGUCGACAUUUUCCCAUGCUGCUGGACCUUCCUGACAAAUGUGGAGGAGCUGAUGAAUCUGCACAGGUCUUUCUUCUCCUGGUCAUUAAAAGCGUCCCUGAUAACUUUGAACGCAGAGAGGUAUUGCGGAAAACCUGGGCUAAAGAGAGGCUGCACAAUGGUGUGCAGAUCCGAAGGAUCUUCAUCUCAGGAGCGACUGGUUCUGGUUUUGUAAGAGAGAGACAGAACAGACUUCUUGAACUGGAACAAAAUGAGUACAAUGACAUUCUUCAAUGGGACUUUAGAGACACGUUCUACAACCUCACUUUAAAGCAGGUACUCUUCCUAGAAUGGAUGGAGGGCAACUGUCCAAAAGCUCGCUUCUUGCUAAAUGGUGAUGAUGACGUUUUUGCCAACACAGACAACAUGGUUGAGUAUCUCCAAGGCCUUAGGGACAAUGAUGGAAGCAAGCACCUCUUUACCGGACAUGUGCUUAAGAAAUUGGGGCCCAUUAGAUCACCAGGGAGCAAGUACUAUGUCCCAGUACAAGUGCAGGAGUCAAAUUCUUAUCCCCUUUAUUGUGGUGGUGGAGGCUUCCUCCUGUCGGGCUAUUCAGCUAUGGUCAUAUACAACAUGUCCAAGUCCAUCCCUUUUAUUCCUAUUGAUGAUGUUUACAUGGGGAUGUGUAUGGCCAAAGCAGGAUUAGGUCCAGUUUACCAUAUGGGUGUAAGGACAUUAGGAAUGUACAUUCCCUCGCAUAAACUAGAUGAAUUUGAUCCCUGUUAUUAUAAAGAGAUUUUACUGGUGCACAGAUUCCUUCCAGCAGGCAUCUAUCUUAUGUGGCAAAGAAUAAAUGACCCCAAUCUAAAAUGUGUAUCAGCAAAGAAAUCUUUUUGGUAGCAUUAAGCUCACUUGUGGUGUCAAUACCAUGUGAUCAAUUGACGGCAGGUCUAUGACACAACCUCUAAUGUCACUGGUAGAGGUUUAACCUAAACCACACAACAACAAAAAACAAUUCCAUACCCUGACAAUGACACAGAGUACUUAUGUUUGCAACAUUAAUUAUAGACCUACAGUACACUGCUAUGCAAAAGUAUGGCCUUUUUAAUAAUGUUCUUAUUGUGUUAUUUUUUUACAUAAACAGGUUUUCAUUGGCUCGCUUAUGCACUUCAGCAGAGGGAGAGACAAAUUUAAUUACUGAUCGUUUUUCACAGAACAUAAAACUUGUUUGAGGCACAACAUCUAAUCAAAAUCUACAUUACUUGUCAAAAUUAAAAAAGGAAAUCAGUUUUCAGUCAUGCUUUUAACAUGUGUCUAAAGAUGCAUGUUACGUCUACAUUGAAUGAGUUUUCAAGCUUGUUUAGCCGGCAAAUAUACAUUACCAUCUUUGCUUGCCGCAAAACAAAGUUCAAGAGUUGACAUUUUAUUUUAUUUGUACUGUUGUACGCAGUCAGCAAAAAUCAAUGACAAAAAUAGUCGCCGAAGAAUUUAAUCGUUGAUGAUUCGUUGAUUAGGUCAUAGCGUGUGUUUUUUAACCUGCAAUAUUUGUAAGGCGGACCUGCUCUCCAUGGAAGCAGGACACAGGCAUUUGAAGAGGAGGCCUGUUUGACAUCGUAUAGUAGACGAUGCGGACUCGCCUCUGUAAGAUAGCCUCUUAUCUAGCUUGCUAUAUAAACGUAUAUACCUGUGCGCAGGAUUCUAGAAUCCAUUUCAAAUGAGUUUAAAAGCGUAAUGUUAUCCUAUAGCCUAGGGGUGUCCAAACUACAGCCUGCGGGCCAACUGCGGCCCGCCAUCCAUUUUUAAUUUGACCAGCAUCAAAGUCAAAAAAUAUAAUAUAUACAAAAAAAAUUAGUAGCACUUAAAUGGCCCUUACUUAUAGCACUUUGUUUUGCUUUAUUUUUGAAGAAAUUGUACUUUCUUGAUUUUUGUUGUUCUGGGUUUGUACCCUCGGGGUUGAAUGCACUUAUUGUACAUCGCUUUGGAUAAAAGCGUCAGCUAAAUGAAAUGUAAUGUAACACUGGCACGCCGCCACGCCCCCUGCCCUGAACAACACGGUUCAGUCGCUCAGGGCAGGCGUAGUGGCAUGAGUGGCUCAGUCCUUCAUAUUCUUUGCUGUAUGUGGCCCUCGGGACAAAAGGUUUGGACACCCCUGCUAUUGCCUGAGACUGUAGUUUUGUUUGUUGAGGUUUCUAUUGCUAUAUAAAUACAAAUCCAUUUACAUUCAUGUCGUUUUGUUAACAGAAAAAAUGGAUUCUUGAUUUUAAUUAAUUUUUAGUAUCAGCACUUGGCCUGUUCUUGGUUUACAGGAAAAAGGGAAUCUUGAAUUAAAUUUUUUUUUUUUACGUUAGCACUUUGCCUGUCCUUGGUUUUAAAUGGACAAAAACUUGAUUUUUCUUUGCCUUUGUAUCAAUAGUACACUAAUAUGCAGCAAAGUUUAUUAAAAGACAUUUUUGAAGAUUAAGAUUAAGAUUAAGAUGCAUUUAUUAGUCCCAAACACAUGCACAGACAUGCAAAGGCACACUCAUGCAUGACGUUUGAAUGACGUUUUGAUCUUUAUUGUCUUUGUUUUCAGUCAUCACAUGCCGCGAAUAACCUCAAUGUAAAUUGAGUAGCUUUUGGCUAAAUAAGAGCAAUUGAGAAUUUGUGUGAUUCAUAAUAAAGUCGAUUAAUCGUUUCAAUAAUCAAUAGAUUAAUCGACUAUCAGAAUAGUCUUUAGUCGAGCCCUACUGUUGUUCUCGUAUCCCAGGAUGAACCUUUGAUCUGAGGAAACUUCAUCAACAAAGCAAACAAGUUAAUCAGAAACAGAAACGGUGAGGAGAGCCGCCCAAACUCCAGAAAACUAUUAAAAACUGUCUCCCGCUGUGGACAGAAGGGACAAGUAGCGGCAACGUCAGAAUUAAUAACAGAAACAAAAAUCGUUUACAGCAGCAGCUCCGUGUAGAACCCUCCACUGUAAGUCAACCCCCCUAUUUGUCAGCGGUGGUUCGGUGGUUUGUAUAGUGCUCUCCACUCAGGCCUCUGAGCCUCUGUCAGGGCCAGACGAGCCCUCCAUGGAGAGCAACUUCGGUCUUCUAGUCUGUUCUGGUUCAGAAGUUGAACUUAUAGAUAAAACAUUAUUUUACCCGUCAUGGUGCUCAGUGUGUUACAUCCGCGACGGCAUUGCAGGGGCUUCGCGAAAUUCACUUUGAUAUUUCAACACAUUUCCAGAUUACUCUUGAAU